ACGUUGAGUGUGUAAUAUUAGGAAAAAGGAAAAAAAAAAAUUUCUAACCAGAUUUAUUAGAAAUAUUUGAAAAUAUGAAUAAAUUAGUAUUUUUAUUUAUGCUUUAUUUUGUGUGUGGAGUAUUUUGCCUGACGGAUAUAUUUCGUGGUUUAAAUAAUUAUCAUCGAUUUAAGAAACAUUUACUUGGUAAUAAUCAUGCAAUUAACAGACCAAAUAUAGUAAAUCCAAGUAAACCGAAACCGGAGAAAAUGGAAAAUGAAAUGACAGUUGAAGAUAAUCGACCAAUAAUUAAUAAACCAGAAGAAGAAGAUGCUGAUAAUGAUGAAGAAGAUAACGAAGUAGACAAUUCUGGUGAUGUAGCAGAUGAUGAAGAAAUGCCUACUGGUAAUGAAGAAAUUAGUGAAGAAGAAGAUACUGUUGAUAAAAAACCUACUCACGAAGUAACAACUAAAAAUUCAAUAUCUACUGAUCAUCAAUCACCAUAUUGUACAUGCAUACCGAGCCAAUCACAUUGUGACGGUAUUGAAGUAAAUGAUAUUGUAGAAAGAGCCGGAAUUGCCAUGCGAAUUGUUAAUAAUAUGAUAAAACCAUUGUGUACAGAAGGGCUAAAACGUUGUUGUUAUGAAGAAACGUGUGGAUUAAGAAUUAUUCAAAAUUCAAAACCAAGACCUAAUAAUCAAGCAUAUUAUGGUGAAUAUCCUUGGCAUGCAGAAAUUAUAGAUCUUGAGAGUAACAUGAUUGGAGCAGGUGUCAUUAUUAAUCAAACAUCUAUACUCACAGUGGCUCAUAAAAUAUAUAAUUUGGACAAUAAUCAGUACCUAGUAAGAAUGGGUAAAUACAAUAGAAAUGAUGCUAUGGAACGACAUAUUGUUGUACGACCAAUAUUUACUUACAUUCACGAGAAAUUUGAUAUUGAAACUGUUGAAAACGAUAUAGCUAUUAUAAAUAUCGAAAAACCGAUAAUAUUUCAAAAUUAUAAUAAUAUAAACUCUGCAUGUCUUCCUAAAGCAGCUGCUCCUGCAAACACUGCUUGCACUACUGCCGGUUGGGGAGCAUCAAAAUUCAGUAAAGAAAAUCAUACAUUAUAUGAAUCUAUUUUGAGAAAAGUAAAACUCGCAACAGUCGAUUCCGAUUUAUGUGAAUCAAGUUUACAGCAGACAAGACUUGGUUCUAAUUAUCGAUUAAAUAAAAAAAGUUUUCUCUGCGCUGGUGGAGUUGAAGGAAAAGACAGUUGCACGGGUGAUGGAGGUGGUGCUCUUGUUUGUGAAACAAAGGAUGGUCGAUUUAAUGUUGUAGGAUUAACUGCAUGGGGAAUUGGUUGUGGAGAAAAUAAUGUACCUGGAGUGUACGUUAAUGUUCAUAAUUAUAUUAAUUGGAUAAGAGGAAUAAAGGAAUCAAAAAUGCAUUCAAUUUAUGAUAUUAGAUCAUUGUGAUCGCAUUCUUCAUUGUCAUUGCUUUUUUGCAAAAAAAAAAAAAUUUUAAUUAAUUUUUUUUUUUAAUUAGAAUUGCAAGAAAAAAGCAAAAUUCAAUGUUUAGCAGAAUUUUUAGCAAAAAUUGUUUAAGUCAAAUUUUCACACGAAAUUGGUGUUUAGCAUUAAUUACCAUUUAGUUCAGUAAAAAAAAAUAAUUCAAUAAUAAAUAAAAGUAUUUCCUAAAAUGUUUGUAGCAAAAUUUAUAAAAAGAAAAUUAUCCUGUACAUUAUUAAUUUAAG